AGACGUGAAACGACUCCCGGUCCGAUUCGAGCCGACGUCACGUGGUCGCGUGCUUGGCCAGCCUGCAGCGAGUGGACGGCGCGCCAAAGUGUUUCUGUGCCUCCGUGAGCGAAUGCGUCGCUCCGUUUGCAAAUGUGUUUCUGCUGUCACCUGAACGUUGCUCUUCCUGACACACGUUGUUUUACACACGCUUCAGCGCAGCUCCCCCUAGUGGCCGCACGUGUCCACGUGCAGGUUCAGGUCAUGGCGAACACUGGCCCCUCCUGUCGGCCUCGACGUGCACAGCAGGGAAGGCGGGUGGCUGUGGGAGCUCCACCUCCAGGUGCUGCCCGGCAGUUAAAAUGCUGUGCAGGACUUGGGACCCCCAUCUCCAGCCGCUCCUGCCGUGAGAGUGUGCUCCCCUUGACCAUCGGCCUUCACCCUCCAGCGAGCGUCCAGCAGUGCAGAGCCGGCCUUCCAGCAAAGGUCAGAGGUCAACUCCGGUCCAGUCGUUGGCGUCAGCUUUUCAGAAUCGCAGGUCGACGAGGAGGAAACAUCAGAGUCCAAGAUGGCCGACCCAGCGGACGACAGCAAGUACCUCUUCCUGGAGAACGACUUCCGCAACAGCGGAGUGGCUCAAGCCGACUGGUCGGCCAAGAAGAUGGUGUGGAUCCCGUCGGAGCGGGAGGGUUUCCAGGCGGCCAGCCUGAAGGAGGAGAAGGGGGACGAGGUCCUGGUGGAACUGGCCAACGGGCAGAAGACCACCGUCAACAAAGAGGACAUCCAGAAGAUGAACCCGCCAAAGUUCAGCAAGGUGGAGGACAUGGCGGCGCUGACCUUCCUCAACGAGGCCUCGGUUCUGCACAACCUGAAGGAGCGAUAUUUCUCCAGCCUCAUCUACACCUACUCGGGACUCUUCUGCGUGGUGGUGAACCCCUACAAGAUGCUGCCCAUCUACUCGGAGAAGAUCAUCGACAUGUACAAGGGCAAGAAACGGCACGAGGUGCCGCCGCACAUCUACUCCAUCACCGACAACGCCUACCGCAACAUGAUGCAGGAUCGCGAGGAUCAGUCCAUCCUCUGCACAGGGGAGUCUGGAGCCGGGAAGACUGAGAACACGAAGAAGGUGAUCCAGUACCUGGCUGUGGUGGCCUCCUCGCACAAGGGGAAGAAAGAUCAGCAGCAGCAGCAGCAGCAGCAGCAGCAGCAGCAGACGGGAUCCCUGGCCUACGGGGAGCUAGAGAAGCAGCUACUGCAGGCUAAUCCCAUCCUGGAAGCCUUUGGCAAUGCCAAGACCAUCAAGAACGACAACUCUUCUCGAUUUGGGAAAUUCAUCAAACUGAACUUCGACGUGACGGGAUACCUGGUGGGGGCCAACAUCGACACCUACCUGCUGGAGAAGUCCCGCUGCAUCCGCCAGGCCAACACCGAGAGAGCCUUCCACAUCUUCUACUACAUGGUGGCCGGCGCCCAAGACAAAAUGAGAGAGGAGCUUCUGCUGGAGGACUUCAGCAGUUAUCGCUUCCUGAUGGCGGGACACGUGGAGGUUCCGGGGCAGGAGGACGACGAGCUGUUUGUGGAGACCCUGGAGGCCAUGGAGAUCAUGGGCUUCACCGAGGAAGAGCGGCUGGGGAUGCUGAAGGUCGUGUCCACCGUCCUUCAGCUGGGAAACAUCAAGUUUGAGAAGGAGAGGAACAACGAGCAGGCGACCAUGCCGGACAACACCGCCGCCCAGAAGGUCUGUCACCUUCAGGGCAUCAACGUUACCGACUUCACUCGGGCCAUCCUGACUCCCAGAAUCAAAGUGGGCCGGGAAGUGGUCCAGAAGGCCCAGACCAAGCAGCAGGCGGACUUUGCUGUGGAAGCCCUUGCCAAGGCCAUGUAUGAGCGUUUGUUCCGUUGGAUCCUGGCACGUGUCAACAAGACUCUGGACAAGAGCAAGCGACAGUCCUCGUCCUUCCUGGGAAUCCUGGACAUCGCCGGCUUCGAAAUCUUUGAGGACAACUCCUUCGAGCAGCUUUGCAUCAACUACACCAACGAGCGUCUGCAGCAGCUCUUCAACCACACCAUGUUCAUCCUAGAGCAGGAGGAGUACAAGCGCGAGGGCAUAGAGUGGAACUUCAUCGACUUCGGUCUGGACCUGCAGCCCUGCAUCGAGCUCAUCGAGCGGCCGAACAACCCUCCUGGGAUCUUGGCUCUGCUCGAUGAGGAGUGCUGGUUUCCCAAAGCCACUGACGUUUCCUUCGUGGAGAAGUUGUUCAACACCCACUCAGGACACGUCAAGUUCUCCAAACCCAAGCAACACAAGGACAAGCUGAUGUUCACCGUGCUGCAUUACGCCGGGAAGGUGGACUACAACGCCGCCAACUGGCUCACCAAGAACAUGGACCCGUUGAACGACAACGUGACGGCGCUGCUCAAUAACUCGUCCAGCAACUUCACCCAGGAUCUCUGGAAGGAUGGUCAGUUCCCAUGGUGCCUCGCUCUGAUGUCCUUGGGUCUGAAGCGUGCUGUCUCUGCCACAGCGGACCGAGUCGUGGGUCUGGACACCAUCACCAAGAUGUCGGAGAGCUCGGCGCCGACUUCCACCAAGUCCAAGAAGGGGAUGUUCCGGACUGUGGGUCAGCUCUACAAGGAGUCGCUGGGCAAGCUGAUGACCACGCUGCACAACACGCAGCCCAACUUUGUGCGCUGCAUCAUCCCGAACCACGAGAAGAGGGCGGGGAAGAUGGAUGCCAACCUGGUGCUGGAGCAGCUGCGCUGUAACGGCGUGCUCGAGGGAAUCCGGAUCUGCCGACAGGGAUUCCCAAACCGCAUCGUCUUCCAGGAAUUCCGACAGAGAUAUGAGAUCUUGGCGGCAAAUGCCAUCCCAAAAGGCUUCAUGGACGGGAAGCAGGCUUGCUGCUUGAUGGUCAAGCACCUGGAUCUGGACUCGAAUCUGUAUCGCAUUGGUCAGAGCAAGAUGUUCUUCCGGACCGGCGUUCUGGCUCAGCUGGAGGAGGAGCGGGACCUCAAGCUCACCGUGAUCAUCAUCUCCUUCCAGGCCCAGGCCCGAGGAUUCCUGGCUCGCAAGGCCUUCAGCAAGCGCCAGCAGCAGCUCAGCGCCAUGAAGGUGAUCCAGAGGAACUGUGCCUGUUACCUGAAGCUGAAGAACUGGCAGUGGUGGAGGCUCUUCACCAAAGUGAAGCCUCUGCUGCAGGUCACCAGGCAGGAGGAGGAGAUGGGUCAAAAGGAGGAGGAGCUGAAGGCAGCCAAGGAAGUGGCAGCAAAGACUGAAGCUGACCUGAAGGAGAUCACUCAGAAGCACACGCAGCUGCUUGCAGAUCGAGCUCAGCUGGAGUCCAAGCUGCAGGCGGAGACGGAGCUGUACGCAGAGGCGGAGGAGAUGAGGGUGCGACUGGAGGCCAAGAAGACGGAGCUGGAGGAAGUUCUGCACGAGAUGGAGGCGCGACUGGAGGAGGAGGAGGAGAGGAGCAAUGUUCUGCAGCAGGAGAGGAAGGAGAUGGAGCAGCACCUCCAGUCGCUGGAGUCUCAGCUCUCUGAGGAGGAGGAUGCUCGUCAGAAGCUUCACCUGGAGAAAGAGUGUGUGCAGUCAAAGGUGAAGCAGCUGGAAGAGGACAUGCUGCAGAUGGAGGAUCAGAAUGGCAAACUUCAGAAGGAACGGAAGCUUCUGGAGGAGCGGAUGGCUGACCUCAACUCCAACCUAGCAGAAGAGGAGGAGAAGUCCAAGAAUCUGACCAAGCUGAAGGCCAAGCACGAGUCCAUGAUCUCUGACCUGGAGGUUCGAAUGAAGAAGGAGGAGAAGGCUCGUCAGGAUGUGGAGAAGGCCAAAAGAAAGGUGGAGGCGGAGAUCAGCGACCUUCAGGAGCAGAACGCCGACCUCCAAUCUCAACUGGGCGAUCUCCGAGCUCAACAGGCCGCAAAGGAGGACGAGUUGCAGGCCACGCAGGCGCGCUUGGAGGAGGAGAGCAGCCAGCGGGGGGCAGCAGUGAAGAAGGUCCGAGAGCUCGAGACGCUGCUGUCGGAGCUGCAGGAGGAUCUGGAGGCUGAACGAGUGGCCAGGUCAAAGGUCGAAGUGGCACGGCGGGACCUGGGCGAGGAGCUGAAUGCCCUGAGGUCGGAGCUGGAGGACAGUCUGGACACAACCGCCGCGCAGCAGGAGCUACGAGCCAAACGUGAACAGGAAGUGGCCAUGUUGAAGAAGAUCAUGGAGGAGGAGGGGCGGAGCCACGAGGCCCAAGUCCAGGAGCUGCGGCAGAAACAUAGCACGGCGGUGGAGGAGCUGACGGAACAGCUGGAGGCAGCCAGGAGGGCCCGCGCAGGUCUUGAGAAAGCCAAGCAAGCGCUGGAGAAGGAGUCGUCCGAUUUGAGCGCAGACUUGCGAUCGCUCGCCAGUGCCAAACAGGAUGUGGAGCACAAGAAGAAGAAGGUGGAAGGUCAGCUCAACGACCUUCACGCUCGCUUCAACGAGAGCGAACGGCAGAGGACGGAGCUGAGCGAGCGCGUCUCCAAAAUGACCAUGGAGCUGGACGGUGUCACCGGUCUUCUGAACGACAUGGAAGGCCGAAAUAUCAAGCUGGGCAAAGACGUGUCCAGUCUGGGCGCCCAGCUGCAGGACGCCCAGGAGCUGCUGGCGGAGGAGACCCGGCAGAAGCUGCAGGUAUCUGGUCGACUACGGCAGCUGGAGGACGAGCGAGUCUCUCUGAUGGAGCAGCUGGACGAGGAGAGCGAGGCCAAGCGGGCGAUGGAGAGACAAGUUUCCGGUCUCAACGUGCAGGUGUGUGAUUACAAGAAGAAGCUGGACGACGUGUCGUCGUCUCUGGAGAUGAUGGAGGAGAGUAAGAAGCGACUGCAGCGCGACCUGGAGGCCGUGACCUGUGACUACGAGGAGAAAGCGACGGCGCUGGACAAGGCAGACAAGAGUCGGGGCCGACUGCAGCAGGAGCUGGAGGACGUUCUGAUGGAGCUCGACACGCAGAGGCAGCUUGUAUCCAACAUGGAGAAGAAGCAACGCAAGUUCGACCAGAUGGUGUCUGAGGAGCGAGCCGUGUCCUGCAAGUACGCUGAGGAGCGAGAUCGCGCCGAGGCGGACGCCAGAGAGAAGGAGACCCGCGUGCUGGCUCUGACCCGAGCGCUGGAGGAGAACCAAGAUGCUCUGGAGGAGACGGAGAAAAUGGUGAAGCUGCUCCGGCUGGAGAUCGAAGAUCUCAUCUGUUCCAAAGAUGACGUGGGGAAGAACGUCCACGACCUUGACAAGGCCAAACGUGGGCUGGAGGCCCUGGUGGAGGAGAUGAGGGCGCAGAUGGAGGAGCUGGAGGACGAGCUGCAGGCUGCUGAGGAUGCCAAGCUGCGGCUGGAGGUCAACGCUCAAGCGCUCAGAGCGCAGCAUGAGCGCGAGCUGCAGGGUCGGGACGAGGCGGGCGAGGAGAAGAGGAAGAUGUUGCUCAAGCAGGUGCGUGAGCUGGAGUCCGAGCUGGAGGAGGAGAAGAAGCAGCGAGGUCAAGCGUCCGCUGCCAAGAAGAAGCUUGAAGGAGAACUGAAGGACUUGGAGGAGCAGUUGGAGGGCUCCAGCAGGGUGCGCGAGGAGGCCGUCAAACAGCUGCGCAAGUUCCAGGGUCAAGUCAAAGAUCUCCAGAGGGAUCUUGAGGACUCCCGCGCCUCCCAGAAGGAAGUUGUCGCCUCUGCCAGGGAGUCCGAGCGGAAAACCAAAGUCCUGGAGGCCAAAAUAAUCCAGCUGCAUGAGGUGCUCGCGGCAACAGAGCGAGGACGGAAGCAGGCGGAGUCAGAAAGGGAUGAGCUGGCGGAAGAACUGGCCAGUAACUCCUCUGGGAAGGCGCUGACGUCCGAUGAAAAACGGCGCCUGGAUGCAAAGAUCUGCCAGCUGGAGGAGGAGCUAGAAGAGGAACAGGCCAACGUGGAGACGCUCAACGAUCGACUGAGGAAGAGCCAGCAGCUGGUGGAGCAGCUGGGAGCAGAACUUGCAGCAGAGCGCUCCUCCACGCAGGGUCUGGAGGGAUCCAGGCAGCAGCUGGAGCGACAGAACCGGGACCUGAAGUCCAAGCUUCAGGAACUGGAGGGUCAGUGUCGCUCUAAGCUCAAGUCUUCUGUCUCUGCCCUGGAGGUCAAGCUGAGGGAGGCGGAGGAGCAGGUGGAGGCGGAGAGCCGAGAACGUCAGAACGUCGCCAAGAAUCUGAGGCUGAAGGAGAAGAAGCUGAAGGAGAUGAGUCUGCAGAUGGAGGACGAGAGGAAGCAGGCCCAGCAGUACAAGGAGCAGGCGGAGAAGGGAAGUGUUCGCCUGAAGCAGCUGAAGCAUCAGCUGGAGGAGGCGGAGGAGGAGUCCCAGAGGUUGGCGGCCGCCCGCAGGAAGCUGCAGCGGGAGCUGGAGGAAGCCGGCGAGGCCAACGAAGCGCUGAGCAGAGAGGUGACGUCACUGCGGGGCAAACUCAGGCGUGGAGGGGAGUCGGGCCUCGGGGGCCCUCGGAGCAGCGGCGGCUUCAGAGGUCUGAGUCUGAGUGGGAGCGUCGGUCGCAGAAGCGCCAUCGUGGAGAACUCCCUGGAGCAGGAGGACGCACCACGCUCCCCGUCGCCCCCGCCGUCCGAGGGCCACGACCACUUUGACGGUUGCUCUGACGACGAGUCUUAACUCCACACCUUGAGUUCCAGUGUUGCCUCUUUGCACCAUUGCUCUGCCACGCUAUUGAUCUGAAGUGUUUCCAUUGACUUCCAAGCUUUCUCGUCACUUGUGUUGAAGGGCCGACUAUACUUUAGUGUGGGAGGAGUGAUCCGUCACGUGUUUGUUCGAAUUAAA